AAGUUUGCGAGGUCCUCAGCCCUGGCUCAAAAUGAGAACGCUUCGGUCCUGCAUCCGACAAGCCUUUAGACUGAAACAAUUUCCAGGAAAUCCAGGUUUCCGGAGAUUCCUUCGUAUUCUGACGGGAUCACAUCUCACAUUCUUUAUGGUGUCAAGAGCCGCCACAACACUAGAGAUUCCCAGUCUGGAUGACUAUUCUACCUCACAACUUCUCCAGAACUCCAGUAUAGCCAGUGCUGAGGCGGCGUCAACUCUGUUAACUUAUGUGACCGUUGCUCUGUUUAAUGCUGAAAAGGAAUAUACAAAGGGAAUCUACAUCCUGAUAAAGUUGAUGGAAGUGAGGCUGGAAAAUCCAGGACACCCUGACCAGGAUAAAAUGGACGAACUGAUCACAGAGUCCAGAAUUAGUGUCAAGGCACUGAGGAAGAAGAGACAAGACCUAGUGAUGCUUCUAUCGGUUUGUCAACGACUCGUCAAUGAUGCAGCAGAAGCUGCUUACAUGGCAGGAGCAGAUUUCUCUGGAUAUUCUACCAACAACAAAUUAACCAGUAGUGAGGCCUUUCUGAAGCCAUGUGAAAUGGAGAGAGUGAUGGCGGAGUCACAUCUAGCAGAAAUGGAGGCACGAGUCAUCGAGGUGGAGUCAAAACGUGCCAAAGAAGAGGAAGCUGAGGACCAACAGGAAGAGGAAGUCAGGGACAAACAGGAAGAGGAAGUUAGUGAUAGACAGGAACUGGAAGUGACUUCUAAAAACAAAACACCAGAAGAAAACAUAACAGAGGAAUCUGAACCGGAAGUCAUGAGUGAGAAGAUGAGUGACCUUCAGACAGACGGUGAUACCCCUGUCACUGACAGUUCAAGUGGCGCGUCUCCUGACCUCAGAAUGAACUAUGUAGAGACGUUCAAUAUAGGCUCAGAAGAUGAAUCGUUAGAGGAUGAUUAAUUAGUUAAUUAAAAUGAAUAGUAUUUUGAUGAAAAAAAUCUUUUUAAGCUUAUUUUGAUUGAUUCAAUAAUGGUUUAGAUACACAUUGAAGAUGCAUUGGUACCUUCUUUUAUUUUGAUAUGUGAAUUUGUGAAUCAAAUUAUGUAUCAGUUUAUAUACAUAU